AUUAUUUUGAGUUAGGGGUAGUGAGGCAUUCUGGAUUUUAGAUGUUCUAGCUAUGCAGACAAGUAUGAAAUCUUUUCUUACUGCUACUAUGGCAUGAAUUCAGGAAGCUUCAAUAACCCUUGUACUUUCAUUAUGGUCAAGUGCUGCAUAGUAUGAGCAGCUUGGUAGCUGAGCUACAAGGUAACAUAAUGAAAAAGAAAUGAAAUAUUGAUCAUGACAAAGCUUUUUUUCUAGGAUGUGUUAUUCUCCACUGGAUUUGGUUUCUUGGUCCCAUAUUACACUAGACGCAAAACUUAUUUUCAGCUGUUUUCUAUGAUAUUAGACCAUCUCUUCUAUUUCUCGGCCAAAUGAUUUAAUUAUUGCAUGCAAAGUGGAACAGCUUUAACAAGGACUCAGACUUCCCUUUGGACCAGAUGCUGGUUAAGUGCUCACCUGUCACAUAAGAGCUAGCAUGUACUACACUGAGUAGCAUUAACAGAGAAAAAGGAUGGGCUUCUAACUCCUCUGAGUUGGUUCCUUCAAUCAUGAGUAACAUGCUGAAUCCAGAUGCUAUCUUUUCAAACAAUGAAAUGAGCCUGUCAGACAUUGAAAUUUAUGGAUUUGAUUACGACUACACGUUGGUCUUUUAUUCUAAACAUCUGCACACGUUGAUCUUCAAUGCUGCUCGAGAUCUUCUUAUUAAUGAGCAUCGGUACCCUGCAGAAAUAAGAAAAUAUGAUUAUGAUCCCAAUUUUGCAAUCAGAGGACUUCAUUAUGAUGUUCACCGGGCGUUAUUAAUGAAGAUUGAUGCUUUUCAUUAUAUUCAGCUGGGAACAGUUUAUAGAGGCCUCAGUGUCGUCCCAGAUGAAGAAGUCAUUGCAAUGUAUGAUGGUUCCCAUGUCCCUUUAGAGCAAAUGAGUGACUUUUAUGGAAAGAGCUCACAAGGAAAUACAAUGAAGCAAUUCAUGGAUAUAUUUUCCCUGCCAGAAAUGACACUCCUUUCUUGUGUGAAUGAAUACUUUCUGAAAAACAACAUAGAUUACGAGCCCGUUCAUCUGUACAAAGAUGUCAAGGAUUCAAUCAGGGAUGUCCACAUCAAAGGAAUAAUGUACAGAGCAAUUGAAGCAGAUAUUGAGAAAUACAUCUGCUAUGCCGAACAAACUCGUGCAGUGUUAGCAAAGCUGGCUGAUCAUGGCAAGAAGAUGUUUCUCAUCACAAACAGUCCCAGCAGCUUUGUGGACAAAGGCAUGAAAUUCAUAGUUGGCAAGGAUUGGAGGGAUCUCUUUGAUGUGGUCAUUGUACAAGCUGAGAAGCCGAACUUUUUCAAUGAUAAACGAAGACCGUUUCGAAAGGUGAAUGAAAGGGGAGUAUUGCUCUGGGACAGAAUUCACAAGCUGCAGAAAGGUCAGAUUUACAAACAGGGUAACUUGUAUGAAUUUCUGAAGCUUACUGGCUGGAGGGGCUCUAAAGUUCUCUACUUUGGUGAUCACAUUUACAGUGACUUGGCAGAUUUGACCCUGAAGCAUGGCUGGCGCACUGGUGCGAUUAUUCCAGAGUUACGAUCAGAGAUUAAGAUCAUGAACACAGAGAAGUACAUUCAAACCAUGACCUGGCUUCAAACCUUGACAGGAUUAUUGGAACACAUGCAGGUUCAUCGUGAUCCUGACUCACAAAUGAUUUUAGAAGAAUGGAAGAAGGAAAGAAAGGAACUGAGGGAGAUGAACAGGAAUUUCUUCAAUGCACAAUUUGGAAGCUUAUUCAGAACUGAUGAGAAUCCAACUUAUUUCCUAAGACGUCUCUCUAGAUUUGCAGAUAUCUACAUGGCAUCACUGAGUUGUCUCUUGAACUAUGAGCCUGAUUACACGUUUUAUCCAAGAAGGACUCCAUUGCAGCAUGAACUUCCUGGCUGGUCAGACCAGCUGUACACUGGUACAUUCAGAAUACCUUUCCUACCAGAGACAGUUCAGAUCAAAUAAACGUUCAGCAGCUUCUCUUAAAAUGGGCAAAUACAUACAAUUUUUUUGAAAGUACAUGUAUUUUAUUUAAGUCACUUAAAUGUGUUAUCUUGAUCUAGAGGUAAUUCAUGCUUGUUCUCAUAAGUGUAGUACCUGUUUUCUCCUCUUUUGCUUGGAGAUCUAUAAACUCAUCUUACAUACAGAAGAAAUGAUGGACUGCCAAAACUGUAGUGGGCUGGGAGGGAGGGCACAUCUGAGGGGAAGGACUGGUGGUGAUCCGGGGUGGUUGAUUUUGUUUGUUCAGUGGAAAUUUCGAUCUGCAGCCUUGUGGUUUACAAACAAAUACCUGUACUCUGUUCUGGCCCUGUUCAGCACUCCAGCUGCAGCCUGCAAUGGACCUUGGCAUUGAAAAGCUUAAAUGCAGUAUUAGUAAUUCAGUGAUACAUAGUUAAUAGCCAGUUUAUGAUGAGGGAUGAGGUAUGCAUUUUAACUUCCCUUGCUGCCAUAGCUAGAGCCUUACCUGUAACUGAACUAACUGCUGUGGUGUUGGUGUGGUUCUGCUGCAUUGCAGUGGUUACAGUACUGGCAGCUCAGGCUGAGGGACUUUUUCUCCUGUCUGUGCAGUUUCUGUUCUUGUAAUGGCUGUGCUUGGCUGUAGGUGGACCUCAGCCUAAAACUGAAAGUGACAGUAACUUGGGCUGUUUCAGCUUCCUUUUGCUAGCUUUUCUUCCCUUUUAUUAAAUUUUAUUUUAUUUUUUUAAUUUGAAAAGACUUUAAAUAUUCACUCUCUAAUACUGAAGCCAUUUCAAGAGGUCUGGUGUUUUGCAUUUCAUAGUGGAGACAGAUCUCUGUCAGGCUUAAGAUUACACUUAAAUGCUGCUUUUUAAAAUCUUAAGUGUCUUACAGCAGUAUGCAAUGUGGUUUUGCUGUUCCCUAGGAGAGAAUGUAUUUCAUAUAGCCUUCAUUAAUGGACUUUUACAGUCAAAAGUAAGCACGCACAAUGAGCAAAUGAGUUAAAAGACAAAAUAAGAAAUGAGAGAAUGAAACCCAGAGCUUUCUGAUGCCCUUUUUUUUAGCUCAAACCCUGAAAGGUGAAUUGGGGGUGGUGGACAGUUUGCAUCAAGCAAAAUAAUUUUGAUGGUGCAGUUUUUAUUGAAUUACUGAAAUUGCAGGUAAUGUGUGAGCACAAACUCUGGGUACAAUAUGUGUUCCAAAGAUUUGAGCUGAAAAAUGUCUAUUUUGCACAAGGAAAACGUCUGUUGAUGUGUUUCCUCAAACAGGCACUUUAUGGAACUGCUACCUGGUUGUUUUUAAAUGAGGAUGCUUUCCUUUCUCUGCAUCCAAAGGAUUUUUUGUUCUUUUUCUUUAACUGGUGCUUCCCACCCCAGCCAUUUUAGAAGGCAGAAUAUGAUUAAUAUUUUUUCAAACUGUAGGUACUAAAGGCUCUGUUUUUAAAAACAUAUCCUUAAAAUACAUAGUAUUUGGUAUUCUUCAUUUUGGGAUAUCAUUUUCUUCCUACCGUGAUUGUCAGGUAAACAAACUUUUGGUGACCAAAAGUUUUCUUGUUUGUUUUAUUUUCUUUUUAACCUCUCUGUAUCAUGUGCAAGUACCUGUAUGGAAUUUCCUAUGCAGUACCUCCCAUAUUUUUGAAAGCAUAUUUGCAAAGUAAUGAAUGUAUUUUAAUCUAGCCUGCACAACUUCUUAAGUAGUUUUCCUGUAUUCUUGAAAUCAGUCUGAAGUCCUCAGAGGUUGUUACAGAUUUUAUGUUCCUGGUUUUCUUGUGUUCCUGCUUCAGACUUGAUGUGCAACACCCCUGAACUGUGUGUAUUUGAACAGAUGAAUAUAUUCAAAAUGAGUAAGUUCAUCUGACGGUCCUGCUGUUCUGCUGGAAGAAAAAGAUAAAGUUUUUCAGGAAGUUAGUUUGGCUUUAUCAGGCCACUUGUUGGUGCGGCUGUGCAAGAAAUAUUUAGCAUAACUUGAUAAUGAAAUGUGGGGAUGGAAACACCCCCGAUUUGCCUUCAGUUCUUUAUCCUGACGCUCAGCUAGAACUGAACUUGGUGUUACGUGUGUGUAGCACCUCUCAGGCUCCAGAGAUUUCAAUGCACUGUUAAAAAAAACCCCAGUCACAACCCCAAACCACUGUACGUUCUCCAUCUUAGUAUCAGCAAAUAAUAAUCUUCUGUUAACUUGGUUCUGCAUUACUGCAUUUGAUAAUGUUUUGUUGGUUAUAGCUCUGUGAUUAUUCUUUUAAAGCUGGCUAGGAGUCAGUUUGCCUGAUUUUCUUGUGUUAAGCAGGAACAGUUUAAUUGGGUUGGAUGAGGUUAUCCACAUAACACAUGGCAGGGGGGUUGGAACUAGAUGUUCUUAAGGUCCUUUCCAAACCUAACUAUUCUAUGAUUCUAUGAGGUGAUUUUCUCCUCUCCUUCUUCCUUUCUCUUAGCUUACAAAUCAACCUUCUGUACAAAGCUAUGUUACAGCAGCCAGCUGAAGUAAAAUCUUGUUUAUAUUGCAUGACUUCUUGAAAUAAACAACACUGCAUGAAAAGAAAAAAGAUUG